AUGUUUCCCACUGGUAAUCCACCUUUUACAACACCCAGUGCUCAACAAAAUACCGCUAAUAUGAAUCUGGCAGCAGCGCUUUAUUUACAUCCAUCGCUGGGUAUAACCAAUCAGGCAUAUACUCAAUUUUAUCAACAGGCUCAAGGCCAAGCACAGUUGACUCAGCAACAGCAACAACAGCAGUUACAGCGUCGAUUUGAGCAACUGGUUGUGGCGCAAGCUGCACAAAAUGCCCAUGUUCAUUUACAAGCAAUUCAGCAGCAACAACAUGCAUUUCAAAAUCAGCAAAGUCAAGCGCAGAAUCACCAAAAAAUGCAGGCGGCGCAACAGCAAGCCCAACUGCAACAAAGUCAAGCGCAAGCUGUUCAAAUACAACGCUUGAAUGCAUUAAGGCAAGGCAAUCAGCAUAUGUCACAUUCUCAUUCGAUCAGAGGAUCUACACCUGGUGUUGUGAAAUCUCGUCAAGAGAUUCAGGCUGAAGCGGAUGCUCGCCGGCGACGUUCAUUAAUUGCAGAUUUUAUGAUUGCGCCCAAUUCGGCUACAUUUUUGGAUGAAAGGAGACGUUCGGAUUCCAUCAGUAGUGGUGUAUUCGGUGAAAUGAAGAAAUCAGAAACAAUGAGCGGUGAAUUCAGUGUGAUCUCUGACGAAACAACAGAACGCAAGAGGAAUUCAAUAACCGACCACUUAGAAGCAGUUGAAAAAGAAAAAAAGCUUGUCGAUAGCCAAAUUACUAUUAUACAACGGAAAAAGGAACAGUACGAAAGUGAACUGGCUAAGAUAUCGAGCGAUAGCACAGAUAAUGAUAAAGAAAAUGACGACACUGCUGAAGACAUCGAUUCAAUGAGUCUGGUUGAGAGGAUUUAUGCUGAAAAUCGAAAGAAGGCAUUUCGUGCUGGAGCUCAAAUGCCUGCUGUUCUUGCACCUUCAGCUGCAACAAUUCCACAAUAUCGAAAUCCAUGGGACAGUGCUCUAGUGCAACAGACAAUCGAACGAUACAAAACGGUGAAGCCUUAUCUCGUGAAAAUGCUAACAGAGCAGCGGCAAAACGAUUUGCUGGCGCAAAGAUAUCAAACUGAAAAAUACAAUGUGAUGUAUGCAGAGUGGUUGAAGAAGGAUGAAAGAUACUGCAAAAGUCAGAAGAAAGUUGCUCGUGAUGAGAAGCAUCGCGAAAUAUUUGAAAAAACGUUUCCGGAAUUGAAAAAAACGCGAGAGGAACGAGAGCGAUCUGGAAGAGUUGGACUUUUGUCCGUAGAGCAGUUGGAGCAGGACGAAGAAUAUAAAAGACGGCGUGCAGCUGCGGCAUUACCACCAAUGAUGAUGAAUUCAAGAAUGCGCAAUGCACCAUUUUAUGUAGAUUUAAAUGGAGUUGUCGCAGAUGCGUUAGGGGAUCAUAAUGCUCAUAUUGAAUAUUUCUUGGAAAAAUGGACAGAUGACGAAAAACAAACUUUCAGGGAGCAAACUGUUACAUAUGGCAAAAAUUUUGCGGCGGUAGCUGAAUUUCUUGAUCGGAAAAGUGUAAAAGAUUGCGUUCUAUACUAUUAUUUGACCAAAAAGCGUCAAAACUACAAAGCAUUAAUGGGAAAGAAGCGGAAGAAGCCACCAAGAUGUUACAAACCACCACUAAUGCCGCGACUUGAAGAAGUAGCAUUAAAAGCACCACAGGAUGCGAAUGAUGUCACCAUUGUUGGUUCACGAGAACUUGAGUGUUGUAUUUGCAAAGCGAAAGUGGUUAGUGGUUCUAAUACUGGUCGAAUACUUACACGUUUAACUUUGGAUGCAUCUGGUUAUGACGCCAGUUCAGCAAACGAAAUCGAUAUUUGUGUAUGUCAAAAGUGUAAGGCAAUGGGAAUUAAACCGAAAACUGUGACACGUUGCCAAAUUGGUACAUGCCACAAUCCGCGCCGAAAAGUGAAGCCAACGCGACCGAUGCCAGUGAAAUGGAAACUGAUAACGAUUGAACAGAAACAAUUUUUAAUGCAUCAGAUGUUGAUACCGGAAGAUAUUUUAAAAUGUUGCCCUGCGUGUCACAAGAAGAUCUCCAAACAAUUGGAUAUGCUUAUUGCUGGUGAAUUGGAGGAAGAAAUGGCUUUAUGGCAGAAAUCCUCUGCUGUUGUUUGGAGUACUGAAGAAGUGGAAACAUUAUGCUCUGCAGUCACUUCAAUGAGUGGGAAAGAUUGGGAUGUUGUGGCUGAAAAAAUGGGCAAUAAAUAUAGUGCCAAGCAAUGCCAAGAGCAGUAUGAAAAGAUUUGUGCUAUGAAAAGCGUUAAAAAAGAAGUAGAAAGCGAAGAUGAUGUUAGCGAAGACGAGAGGGAGAAUCCACAAUUACAGCAAGUUGCUGUUGAGGUUAAGAAUGAUACUGCUGAAACUGAACCGGAUCCGAGGUUCGCGCUUUCCAUUCCCGGUGAAAGCAAUGCAACAUUAAGCGCUGAUGAAACAGCCAAUCAGGAUUGCGUUAUUUUAUUACCUCCAAUUGCAAAAUCACCAUCAACACGCUUAUAUAAGCCGAGAUUUCGUGGUACUUCCGGACUGGGUUCAGAAGCUGCAAUUUCAUCUGUCAAUAACUCCAAUUUACACUUGUCACAAAUCAAUAAGGAAUCAGAGGUCAUGUCAUCUCCAUUAACAUGUCGUAGAUCUGACGCAAGUGCCUCCUCAUCGUCGGAUCUAUCGAAUAUGGAUGAUGUUGCAAAAACGGCCUCUCUAUCAUCGCACUCAUCUUUUGUUGGAAGUGCACUUCUUGCAACACUUACUUCCUCCACUCCAGAUUCGACGCCUGCACGGUCUUCUACUCAGGUCGAAAUCGAUAGAUUACCUCAAUGUUCAAUUUCAAUAACGAGACCGUCAACUUCAGCUGUUACCCAAUCGGUUUCAUCUGUACUUGGAAAUAUUGUCAGAGGUUCAAUCACCCAAGGGACGCCUGUGAUGAGACCACCAUCACCACCUACCUCCAACAACGAUUUGUUACUGGAAAAAGUGAAACAAAUGCAAAUGCUUUCCGUUGGAACAGUCCCUACCGGAGCAUCUUUAGCAGCAGCCAGUAAUAUUGCAACAAGUUCCACUCCAGCAGUCGCAGCACCAACGCUGCAGCCCAUUGCAAAUGCAGCUGCUGCACUCCCUUUUUUACAGAAUCCUCUGGCAGCAGCAGCUGCUGCUGCAUUCUCUACUGCUGCUCCCGACCCCAACAUGUCAUCGUUGGCUGCUUUCUAUAAUCAACUAACUGCAAUGGAUCCUACCAUGCAAUAUGCUAUGACGAUGAAAAUAAUGCAGCAAGCUGCGCAACAGCAUGAAUAUGAGCGUAGGUUGGCCGCAUUACGAGCAAGCAGUGUGGUUGACCAAUAUCGACAACAGGCCUUAGCUUUGGGUCUUUCUGAGCAACAGCAACAGCAGAUGCAGAACAGUCAACAGCAACAACAAAUGAAUGCAUUAGCAAGUGAUCAGGCAAAAGUUCUGUUAUGGCAACAACUGAUGCAACAAUCAUCUAGUAUGAAGCCGUUGCAACAACAGCAACAAACAAUAUCCCAAACAGUUAACUUGCAACAUACUGCAGCAGCUAAUACAUUGUUAGCUGCAGCUGCAGCGUCUACAAGUAUACGUCCGACGGUUGGAGCGCAUUUAAGCGUUCAUCCAAAUAUUGAACAGCAGCAGCAGCAUACAAAACAGCUUACUGCGUCAGCAACAGCAACAGCAUCGGCAGCAAUACAUACAAAUUUGUCCAAUAAAGUGGGAGCAGGUAACACAGAGCCACAACGUACAAGCGUGCAAUCACUUUCGUCAACAGCUUCCCAACUCUAUAACGAUUUUCGUAAUGCUGAACAAAUGCGUAAAGAACUGGAUGAAAAUGCGCGGCAAUUAGAGACACAACAGAAACUUCAAGAAGAAAUCCAUUAUAUAGAGCAGCAGCGAAGACGUGUCGUGGAAGAAGAAGCCUGUAUUAGUGAUGAAUUAAGUCGAGUGUCGCAAAUUGAAUAUCCACGUGCUCUACGAUCGCAGGAUGGUGAAGCUAUACGUGUUCAGCUCCAAACCAUAGAGCGUCUUAAGGAACGACGCACAGCAAUGCAACAUUAUUUGCGAGCUUAUGACGAGGGAUUGAAGGCACUCAGUGGAAGGAAUACGUUAACUCCUGCCAGCUCUUCUGGGGUAAUAAUGAGAGGUAUGGGUGACGAGCGUACUACUGCCACUGGAGGUCCUGUUAGCAAAGGUGCCAUGAAAGAGUUUCCUCCAUCGGUAACUAGAAUUGGAAUUAAUCCAUCUUCAACGCAAGCUGUAUCUGGUCAGAGUCUGAUUGGCAUAAAACGAACAUUGAAUGAUUCUGCGCUCGUAACAUCAGCUGAAGGACAGCUUGCUGGACAGAGCGCAGCAAACGACUCAUCUAUGCCUGAAGGAUGUACUACGAAUAGACGUUCACGUGUUGAUCCUGUUGUAUAUCGCAAAGGACUGGAUAGCACAAUGUUCGAUUCAGGACAAACAUCACAUCUCUUGCGUGCACAUUGCCAUAAUACCCUAUUGGAUGAAGAAUUUAAUCGUGCUGAACAUAGAAAUAUGCAGAACACUUGUGAAAUUAAGCGGAAAUCAGGUAUUCAUACCGUUUAUCUACCAUCUUUGCCGGAUGUUUAUCAUGCGCAAAGUAUGAAAAUGCCCACAGCAAGUCAAAAGCGUGUCGGGUCACCAACGGUCACUGCAGCUGCACAUUUUGGUUGUACCACACCUAAUAAUUCGGCUCCUACAUCUCCACAUUCGCCAUCACUUAUAGCUCCAACAACAGCAGCAUCCAUAUCUCGAACAUCUCCAGCUCAACAACAGCAACAUUUUCCCCAUUUUGUGCCCACUUUGCAGCAACAUCAAACCAGAUUUUCAUCGUCACAAUCCACCUCUGCUCCAAGCACUGCAGCCGUUUCUCCACACGGGCUUUCAGCGACUACCGUCCUUGGACGUCCAGCCCUAAGCCCCGCAAACAGUUAUACUUCCGAUGUACGUACCCCGGUUUCCGCACUUGUUUCACCGCGGACACCCCUUUCCAUCAAUCUAAAUCUGUCAAGUUCACAUUCCACACAUGUUUCACCGCAUAAUUCAUCAAGUUUACAUGUGCCAACACCUACUACGUCUCCAUUUCAGAUGUCAGCAUUAGGAACUUUAUCACCAAACGUAUCAUCUCAAAGUAUUUCCUGUUCACCGACCUUCCAAACAUCAGCAGUUGUUCCUGGAAAUACUUUGAGCGCAUCGCUUCCUUCGCUACGUAUAACAACUGUAGCAGAUAUUAAUGAUGGUAGUGCAAAAACGAUAACGAAUACAGCUGAGGUAUUACCCUUACUAAAAAACGAAGAAGCCCUUGUUGAAAAUCAGCAACGUUCGGAAUCUGCUGCUGUUGCCAAUUAUGAACCAUUGUCACCUGAUACAUCCGAUGUUGCACCUACGUCCCAGACAGACAGAUCUGCCGAUCAGGCUACAAACUUGCCUCUUUUUUCAUUUCUGAAUUUGCCUGACAAUGGUAAUGGUCUAAACGCUCCAACAAUCCGACCAGUUACUUCUCCUGAUGAUUCCCCGCCAAGUAUGCGAGACAUAUCAACAGCAAAUAUUGUUCCACC